CUUUUGCUUUGCGACAACAUCAUCUCAUAACCCAACUAACCACUCUUUAGAUCCAAAUAAAUAUUAAAAACACAAAAACAAAAACAAAACAAAAGGCUAGUCUGCAACUGAGAAACUCCCCCAGCUUCUCCCACCCACCAUGAACAAGAAGAAGUCAACUUCCCAACUUACCCUUUUCGUCUUCCUCUCAUUCUCUCUCACUUUCUCCUUUUCUUCUUCCCCAACACCCAGAAAGCCGCCUCCUCUUCCCAUUUUGCCCCUCCCCUCUUCCCCGCAGCUCCAAUGGCAGCUCGGCCACAUGGCAAUGUUCCUCCACUUCGGACCCAACACCUUCACGGAUUCCGAGUGGGGCACCGGCCACGUCGACCCCUCGGUCUUCAACCCCGCCAAGCUCAACGCCGCUCAGUGGGUCCGAGUCGCCAAAGACUCGGGCUUUUCGCGCGUAAUUCUCACCGCCAAACACCACGACGGGUUCUGCUUGUGGCCAACUGAGUACACCAACUACUCCGUAAGCUCCAGCCCAUGGAGGAGUGGCGGCGGUGACGUCGUUGGUGAGCUGGCGGCGGCGGCUAGGGACGCGGGUAUUGCAUUGGGACUUUACCUUUCGCCGUGGGAUCGGCACGAACCGUGCUAUGGGAAGACUUUGGAGUACAAUGAGUUCUAUAUGGGUCAAAUGACAGAAUUGCUCACAAGGUAUGGAGAGAUUAAGGAGGUUUGGUUGGAUGGUGCAAAGGGGGAAGGGGAGAAGGACAUGGAAUAUUUCUUUGAUUCUUGGUUCAGUCUCAUUCACCAACACCAGCCCGGGGCUGUCAUUUUUUCUGAUGCCGGUCCUGACACCAGGUGGGUUGGGGAUGAAGCUGGCGUUGCUGGGUCUACUUGUUGGUCCCUUUUCAAUCGGAGUGAUGCCAAGAUUGGCGACACUGAUUACCAAUACUCAAAUGGAGGAGAUCCCUUUGGGCAUGAUUGGGUACCAGCUGAGUGCGAUGUUUCAAUCAGGCCUGGUUGGUUUUGGCAUUCGUUGGAAGUUCCAAAAUCCGCCAGGACCCUUCUUGACCUAUACUACAAAUCGAUUGGAAGAAACUGUCUCUUGUUACUCAAUGUACCUCCAAACUCUUCAGGUCUCAUAUCUGCAGAAGAUAUUCAAGUGCUUCAAGAAUUCAAUGACCUCCGGAAGUCGAUAUUCUCAUAUAAUCUGGCCAAAACGGCCCUUAUCAACGCGAGCAGUACACGAGGAGGCAGUAACAAUUCUUGGUUCACCCCCAGUAAUGUCGUUCAAGAAGGUAUUGAUUCAUAUUGGGCUCCUGAGGGAAACCAGUCGAAAUGGGUUCUAUCCUUGAACCUUCAGAAAUUAGUGUCAUUCAACAUUCUGCAAGUUCAAGAGCCGAUUCAAAUGGGACAGCGAGUUAUCGAGUUCCAUCUUGAGGUCCUGAAUGAGGAGAGGAAGUGGAAUAAAGUCAUCAACGGAACCACAAUCGGAUAUCAGAGGCUUCUGCAGUUUCCAACCGUAAAAUCUCAGUACUUGAGGUUUGUUAUUGACAAGUCCCGGGCAGACCCGCUUAUCUCGUACCUGGGUUUAUAUAUCGAUCGAUAUUCGAUUUUGAGCAACUUAUCUCAUACAACCUCACACGCAAGCAGAAAUCGCAGUCAAAUUCUUAAUUACCAUAUCGAAUCCAACCAUUCUCAGGUUGCUGCAAUAUAGUGUUUGUAUGUUUUGCAUUGCAUGUAAAUACACCUUCAUCAGUUUUUCUCCUUUUUUCCUGAUGGAAUAAAAUUCAUUGUCAAGAUACUUCUGAUAUGAAUUCUUCAUUUUCGUUUUGUU